GUUCUUAUAUAAUCCUUUCAUUUCCUCUCUCUCUCUCUCUCUCUCUCUCGUGGGGUUUGGGCGAAAAAUUCCACCUUUGUUGGCAGCUCUAUGUUCGAAUCUCCCAUCCGGAAAACCCUAAUCGCCACUUCCGCCGAACUAGCGAUGAAAAGAUCUGCUGGGCGUCGAUCAAAUUUCGAUCCUAAAUCCGAUCUUGAAGCUUAUUGCGAUCUCUCCUUGUGAUUAGUCAUCUUCCAAUGCUGAAUUCAAUCCCCAAGGUUAUCGAUCAAGAUUGGAUUUUGAUACGAUAGCCAAUUGAUUCAUAAUCGUUGAACCGUAAAGGGUUAAUUGGAUGGAAUCUUUCAAUGCUAAUAAUUUUUUGCCUCCUCGUAAGCGUCUGCUCGCUGAACUUCGGAGGGAGAAUUCCGAAUUUGAUUACCUGCCGCCAGUUCCUUUUGUUUCGGGCGAUCUUGGUGCUCGGCUUAGAGAUAUUAUCAACUCCCCAGAUUCGACUCCGGAAAAGAUCCUCGAGGUUUCCGAAUCUGUGGCUUUGGCAGCAACUGAAAUUGCUGUGGUAGCAAGAAAAACUGCAAUUGAGAAAGCUGCAGCAGCUACAAAAGCUAAAUCUGAUGCCAAGGAUGCAUUGCUAUUUCUGGAUUCUAUCACGAUGAAUAGGAAAUGCAGAAAAGUCUGUUCAAACAAAAUUAAAAUGAGGAAAAAACAUAUCCCAAUAAAGCUCCUGUAUAAGACUUACCAUCCUUCUGGAAGCCUAGUAACUCAUGAAGAACUAACAAGGAAGAUGCAUCAUGCAAUGAAUAGUUCAUCAAUAAUCUCCAAUCAUAGGGAAAAGCUGAUUCAGAAUUCUGGGCAAGAAGUUCCAUGUAAUAGUGAGGAUGUCUACAAUGAAACUGCACAUGAUUGUAAUGCGGAGAGUAUCACAAGUAACUACUCCGAAGGGAAAACUGUUGUAUGUUCCAAGGCUGACAAUUUUGAGGAGGAAGAAGAUUUCUGUCACCGCAUGAAGAAACAACAAAAUGAGUUGUUCAGAUCAGUAGCUGGUAGUAGGAAAGUGAGGGUUAAGCAAAAGAAGUUGCUUUUGAGUCAAUGCAACCUUAGAGAUAUAGUAGAGCCACCAAAAAAAAUAUCACCAUCUGAAAAUCUUUCUUUCAAAAAAGAAUCAAAUUUGGAUUCUGCAGAAAGUAAUAUGUCUUCAGAUGAUACAGAAGUGGUUCCUGAUGGUGGAGUCUCAAUGAAGAUUACUUCGGCAUGGAAAUGCAAAAAGAUCAGGGUAUCACAGUGCUCAUCGGAUAGUAAUAUAUUGAAAGGAUUGUGUUAACAAUCCUUCGGCAACCACUUUCUCUACUGGGUACCUAUAUGAUAACCAUGCCCACAAGAUGAGUUUUUGGACCAUAAUUGGUAUUCUCAUAAUUUGGAACCGGUUUUCAUCCAUAUCCAAUGUGGAAGGGACUCAAACAGAUCCUUUGCUGAAUAGUUGUUUAUUUUCAGUUUUUCUUCUACCAGGUGCUUGCUUCAUAAUUUAUGUGCAAUAGUGGUUUGCUUUUGUUUCUUCGAAUGCUUCACUUCAUGUUAUUAUUUCUAGUACAGGACAUUUGUGUUAUUCAUAUUUCAAAACCAAUGCUAAAUCUAUUACUAGUACUAA